AUGGCAUCUACAGAGCACGAUUACCCUUCGUCACUCGCAUCCGACGACGAAAUCGAAUCUCAGUCUCAUGAGUCUGUCACCAAUGGCGGCAUUGCGUCAUUAGAGAAACAGACAACUGCUGCAUCUACUUCGGGCCGGUCGGUUUUUGAAAGAGCGCAAUCUGCUGUUUCGCGCAUUCGCAGUCGAGAACCUGGUCAAACCGCACAGUUUACCCACCCUCUAUCGCAUACGAGAACGAGCCCGGACGUCAUCGUUGACUUCGAUGGUCCCGAUGAUCCAUACCGACCCAUCAAUUGGGGGUUCAGAAAGAAGGCAGUAACUACAAUCCUCUAUGGAAUGACAACUAUGGGAACGACAUGGGCGAGUUCGAUCUAUUCGACUGGCACCGACCAAGUCGCUAAGGAGUUCAAUGUCUCGACAGAAGUCGCAACGCUGGGAACUUCCUUGCUCCUGUUUGGCCUGGCUGUAGGGCCUCUUGUUUGGGCUCCGCUUUCCGAGCUAUAUGGUCGCAAACCGGCUGUUUUGGCGCCGUAUUUCAUUGCUGCGAUCAUGUCAUUCGGUACUGCGACUGCGAAGGACCUGCAGACUAUCAUGCUGACCCGGUUCUUUACUGGCUUUUUUGGCUCGGCCCCUGUUACCAACACCGGCGGUGUACUCAGUGAUAUUUGGUCUCCCGAGCAGCGAGGUGCUGCCAUAGUAGGCUAUGCUCUAGCAGUGGUCGGCGGUCCUGUUCUGGGUCCGAUUGUUGGUGGUGCGGUAACUCAGAGCUACCUGCACUGGAGAUGGACGGAAUACCUUACUGGUAUUAUGAUGAUGGCCUUCCUCGUGCUCGAUAUCAUCUUUGUUGAUGAGUCCUAUCCGCCCCAGCUUCUAGUCUACAAGGCACGACGGUUGCGCUUCGAAACAGGCAACUGGGCUCUGCAUGCUCGCCAUGAAGAAUGGGACGCCACGCUCAAUGAACUCGGCAAAAAGUACCUCAUUCGACCCUUUCAACUCCUCGCAACCCCAAUUUGCUUCCUUGUCGCCAUAUACGCCUCCUUCGUCUACGGUAUCCUCUACCUAAGUCUAGCAGCCUUCCCAAUCGUCUUCCAAGAGAUUCGCGGCUGGAACCAAGUCGUCGGCGCACUGCCUUUCCUUGCCUACCUCGUCGGCAUCUUCAUCGGCGCCGCAGUUAAUCUAUCUAACCAAAAAUUCUACAUCAGCCGCUUCAAAGCAAACAACAACCGGCCAGUCCCAGAAGCCCGCCUUCCGCCAAUGAUGUUAGGUUCAGUGAUGUUCGCCGCGGGAAUGUUCUUAUUUGGCUGGACGAGUCAGCCUAAUAUUCACUGGAUAGCACCGAUCAUCGGAGCCGUCAUGAUGGGAUUAGGCUUCUUCACCAUCUUCCAAGCAGCCCUCAACUACCUCGUCGAUACAUUUCAAAAGACUUCCGCUAGUGCUAUCGCCGCUAACACCUUCCUGCGCUCCCUGUUCGCAGGAGCGUUCCCGCUGUUUACAAAUGCCAUGUUUCAUAACCUCGGUGUGCCGUGGGCGGCUAGUAUCCUCGGCUUCAUCUCCGUGGCUCUCAUCCCUAUUCCGUACCUAUUCUUCACGUACGGUAAACGAAUUCGCGCUCGUGGGGAAUGGUCUCGUGAAUCGCUGUAA